CAGCCAGCUUUGCUUGACCGGCAACGUUGCUUAACACUAAUUCUAUAAUUCACGAGCCACGCCUCAUACCUACCUACCUCCUAACUCCUAACUCCUAAUAAUCUUUAACCGAAAAAGGCAGAUUGUUUGUCUUACCGUUCGAUCAUCAAGAUGAAGUUCACCACUGCUGCCAUCGCCCUUCUCUCCGCCGCCCUCACGCUGGCGGCGCCUACUAGUCUUGAGGAACGUCAGGAGCCUGCCUACGUCGGCUUCGCGGUGCCUUCGGUCCUCAAGGUCCACGACAUCCCGACCAACCUGAACACUGCCAGCACCAAGACGUCGACGCUGCGCAGCGGAAACCAGGAGACCAGCACACUAUACGACAUCCCGAUCCCGCGGGCAGCGGCGGGGCGGACGUGCCGCGUCGUGCUCCGCUCUGGCGCCGCGGGCGACUUCGUGCUGGGCACGCGCACGGUCGACCUGUUCAGCAACACGUUCACGAACCUAGCAAAGCUGACGUCGGGCAACCUGCGCAACCAGCACCUCGCGCGGCUCGUCUACACGCCGAGCUCGGGCCUCUACGCCUACGACGAGAACACGGUCCCCGACUCGCCCGCCAAGAGCUUCCCCUGCCCCGCCGGCACCACGCUCCACUGCGAGACCGUCGCCGUGGGUGGGUACUCCGUCAACGUCAUCGCGCAGGCCUCCGCCGCGGGCACGACCGCGCCCAACGGCAUCAGCGUCGGCUGGUACUAAGCUAGCGUCGGUGUGCUCGUAGGCGCCCGCCGUCCUCACCUAAGUCUGCCUUGUCUGACCUGCGGCCCCCUCGGUGAGGUGGUGGGUAAGCACUGACACACCACGUGUGGCAUGUGCCCACUUGCCUACGUGCGCUUGCAUAAGGUGGAGUUGUUGGGGUUGUCUUGAGGAUAGGUUUCCUACUGUCUGACAUGCCUUUUCACUCAAACUAUGCUUAUAUCAUAAGUUGUAGAAAGGAGUCGCCUGGGUGGGAUGAUUAUGGGCCGGAAAGCUUGGACAACGGACGUUCAUUAAUAUUGUUCACUCACCUAAUUUUUACCACGCGAUACCACUUGGUACCUAAUAUACUCG